AUAACACACACGCGAGCCGGACUUGAGCUUGCAAAAAGCCGGGCAGAAAAACAACAAGCGGCAGCAGAUCGGAUAAGAGGAAGGGCUCGGAGAGAGUGAGCUGCCGUGGAUUGUCCAAAGGGGCAGCGUUUCUCCAGUUCCGGUUUUGUCUGUCUGCGUGUGUGUGCACGCCGUGUGCGAGUUGGGACCCCAAACAAAAGGCUGCCAUCACCCUAACGGAGAUCUUCCACCGCCGUGUGUGUGUGUGUGAGAGAGAGAGAGACAGACGCUCCGCUGGAUGCAAAACCAAACAUGAGCUCCUAUUUUGUCAACCCUCUUUUCUCCAAGUACAAAGGCGGCGAGUCUCUGGAGCCAACUUACUACGACUGCAGGUUCCCACAAAGCGUCGCCCGCAGCCACACGCUGGUCUACGGACCCGGAGCGGCCGCGCCGGGCUUCCAGCACCCGUCCCAUCAUGUGCAGGACUUUUUCCACCACGGCACCACCGGCAUCUCCAACCCGGGAUACCAGCAGAACCCGUGCGCCCUGGCGUGUCACGGCGACGCCGGCAAAUUUUACGGAUACGAAGCCCUGCCGAGGCAAACGCUUUACGGUAGCCAGCAAGAGGCGAGCCUAGCGCAGUACCCGGACUGUAAAUCGUCGGGAGGCUCGAACCCUGGUGAAGGACAAGGCCACUUAAAUCAAAACUCCUCUCCCAGCCUUAUGUUCCCAUGGAUGAGACCCCACGCCCCGGGACGACGCAAUGGAAGGCAAACCUACAGCCGCUACCAGACUCUGGAACUGGAGAAGGAGUUCCUCUUCAACCCUUACCUGACCCGCAAGAGGAGGAUCGAGGUGUCGCACGCCCUGAGCCUCACCGAGCGACAGGUGAAGAUCUGGUUCCAGAACCGGCGGAUGAAGUGGAAAAAGGAGAACAACAAGGACAAGUUUCCGGGUCAGAGGGGAGAGGCCGAGGCUGAGGAGGAGGGCAACGAGGACGGUGAAGGGGAAGAGGGAGAAGAGAAGGAAGCGGAAGAGAAAGACGAGACCAAGGAGUGAUUUUAUGGUCCUUUUUAUGGUUAUAUGGCUGAAAAAGAGAAGGAAAAAAGGUCUCAUAAACAGAGCAGGAGUCACAAGAGCAUCAUCUUUAUGACCACCCUUUCAUUUUGUCAAGUGGGAACAGGAAUCUCAACAAUAUUCCUGACAUCUACAUGCCUCUAUAUGCACAUUUCUCACUUUUCAACAAACGGGAUUACCAAUUUUACCACCAAAAAAAAAAAAAAAUAGAGGCUACACUUUAUUUUAUAUACUAGAGCUGCUGCCCUUGCAAAACAAAACAAAAAGGGAAAUAAAACGCAUGUUAGAUUGAGAAAAAAAUGGCCAAGCUAUUUUCUUUGGACUAAUUUCUUUUAAACCU